AGUAGUACUUGGUAGUUCGACAGUAGUAAUUCGGGCGUACACGUGUCCCGGUGUAUCGCGUGUACCAAUGUAUACCAAAUAUAAAAAUUUAUUAUAUUGUAGUAACACAGUGCCCGAUUUACGUACGAGAAUCUCAGCGUUUAAUAUAAUACUUAAAUAUCGCGUGUCCCAUCUUCUGCGAUUCAUCUAAAUCAAUUUUAUUUAUAUUAUUAUACUCGUAUAACGAUUGUAUUGACGUUUUGAUGGAGGCCGUCGAUGGCGGCAGGCUCGUCAAUAUUAUAACUCCAACGAACGUGGGCGCAACCGACUACACCUGAAAACAAUAAAACAUAUUAUACCAUAUAUCUACCUAUGUUAUCAUCAUAAAGAUAGUAAAAGACAACGCAAUGUCCCCUAUCGGUCAGUGUUCUUAGUCUUUUCAUCUCCUGGACUAUAACGAGCAUAUCAGUAUCUAAAUCGCAGAGCCAAGCACAGCACUCAACAGCACCAACAGUACCUACCUAUAAUAAUGACAUUAUAGUUGUAGGCGCCAGCCAGACAUCAGUUGACAGCAGUACUGGUACAGUUCAUACCGAGGAUAGUUCAUAAAUAUUUUACAUUUCUAAAUGGAUGGAGUUCAGAGAAAUUUCAAUAUGAUGGCCGAGAAAAUCGAUAGAAUGAGAUGUUUAAGGGAGCGAUGUGACAAUUAUGUCAGACUAAUAAAACUAACACUCGAUGAAACGAUAAAAGAACAAAAUUCACUUUUGGAUGGAUCGGCUAUUCAUAAUAGACUAAAAUAUCUAGGUGUAAUGGAUAAACCUAAAUCAUUAUCAAACACAUUUAAUACGGAUAAACAUCAUAAACAUAUAGAUUUUAAUAACAAAUACAAGUAUUUAGUUUUUGAUGAUGAUUUGGGUUUCAGACAACAUAAAAAAACAUCCAAUUUAAAUACAAUUGAUAUGUAUUUAUCGAAUGACUAUAGCAACUACAAUACUAACUAUAAACCUCGAUUUCAUGACUUUUCCACGGUACAUGAUGAUCAGAAUAACACAUAUUUCAUGCCAAGGAAUUCUAAAAAAUAUGGAAAGACAGUGAACUUUCAAACACCAGAUACUCAAGAAUACCAAGUAUAUUAUUUUCCUACAUCAAAACCUAUAGCUCAAUAUCCUAGACAAACCACUGAGAGAUUUUACAGACGAAAACCUAUUAAGCAAUAUCCAAAAGAAGAAGUUCAUUAUUGGCCAACACGGUAUCCGAAAUCAGUGAGAGUUAUUGAACGAGAACCAUCUUAUUCAAUGAUCGAUUACGGUUACCGAACUACAAAUGAUUAUCGCAUUGAUAAAUCAAAUAUUGAGCCAUAUAUACCUGAACAUCGUUCAAGAUAUUAUCCAACAAAUGAUAAUAAUAUUUAUCUCGGCCAUGAUGAUAGUGAUUAUUAUUAUGAACCUCAUUUGGGGCAGCGAUCGUUUUCUAGUAUAACAAGACCAUGUUCACCCGUAUACCACCGAGAUAUUUUGUGUCACAGAACUCAAUUGGAAAAUGCCAGCAGUUUACUUGAAAAAAAAAUACGAGAUUAUGUAUGGAACCCACACAAAGACCGUAUUGAAAAGUAUAUGAUUCCCAGUUAUGAAAAACCUACAUAUUAUACCGAUUUUAAUCCAUUAGAGAUUAAAGGCCAAGGAGAUUAAACAUUCAGAACACGUUCAACAUUAGGAUUAGAUUCCAGUGCACGCAAUAGAAAAAACGAAGUAACCAGAGAAAGCACAUAUAAAAAGAACUCAAUACUUACGUCCCCAGAAAGAAUAUCUGCAGACGACGAAUAUUUUCAAUUAAACAAAGACAAUGAUCAUUAUUCUGAAUCCACAUUAUAUAAAAAAAAAACUGAAAUACCUUUGACAUUUCCAAAGCGAAUUAGUUUUGAUCUCGGUGAUGAACAUAUUGAUCUACCUAAUCGUACGAAUUCAAUUGAAGAAAAUACUAAUGGGGAUUAUAACACGAAAGAUCAAAAAUUAGUUUUGGGGAGAAAAGAAUCAAAUUUGAAACUCGAUGAUAAUCGUCGAACAUCGUUAUUGCAAAAAAAUGAUUACCCAGUUUCAAUAAGUAAACAAAAUAUUUCACCAAGCAAUACAAAUGUAAGCUCAAGAAGACAAUCUUUAAAUAAACAAGAAAAGUUAGCUUCAGUUGGAAAUUCUUUUGAAUCUGAUAAAUAUUUAAAUUUGAAAAAUAAUUUUCAAGGAAAUGAUUCGAGUUUGUCAGAAAAAAGCAUACAUUCUUAUAAUAAUGAUGGGAUAAAUUAUGAUAGUAAUAAUGAUAUUCAGAUUUACCCGAAGACACGAGAUGAUAAAAACAAAGUUAUGCUUAAAGAUAUAUCAAAUGAAAAUACAUACCUUGAUCUCAGACGUGAUAGUAAUGAUAAUAGCAAAACAAAAUUGAUGGAAACAACAGAAAAAACCAAUUUUGGUUAUCAAGAUCACACAGAUAAUAAUAUAAAUAUAAAUGAUAAAUCAAAUAUCACUGGACGCAGAGAAAGUUACAAGGACGAACAAAAAUUGAAAAAAGAAAAUACUUAUGGUAGUACAAAAAGCUCGAAUAUAGUGAAUAAUAAAUUAGAGAAUGGAUAUAAUAACAAAAGUGGUAUAAAUAUAAUUAACUCACCCAUAGUUGAUCAUAGUAAUAGUAAUAGUAAUAUGAACAAAUACAAUAUGAACGAAUAUGCAACUGAUCACCAUCAACAAUUUAUUAAUAAAAAUGAUAACGUGAGUGUGGAAAAACAAAACAAUUCCGAAACUAUUCAACCAUAUAAUGCUGUUAAUGAUUCGACCAAUGAAAUAGAUAUUACUCAUACCAUAUCACAAGUUAGUUCUGAUUUCAAACCAAUUUCAGAAGACCAAGAGCCAUUGCAUGAAAUUUUGAAUAACGAGCUCACGAAUAGUGCAAAUUAUUACCAAGAUCAUCCUGGUGAAGACAACAUAAAAGAACAACCAACUCAACAGUAUGAGACACAAGUGGAACAUGUUCCUAAAGACGUACAAUUUUAUACAAACGAGCUCGUUGAUGGUAACAAAGAAGUCGUAACAAGCAACAACAUUGAACCCAUUCAACAAAACGAGUUUGAUGACAAGAACCAUUUACACGAUGAGUAUUAUUAUCAAAAUCCUACAGAUGAAAAAAGAGAAAAUCUAAUAGAAAACCAAUACGAGAAUCCUGAUUCCCAAGUACAAGAUGUCGAAAGACAACACGCCCAUGAUGACUAUUAUUAUCAAAAUUAUUCUAAUGUUAACCAACAAGAACAACCAAAAAAUCAAUAUUCUAAACCUGUUGUUGAAGGAGAAUAUACAGAUGAGCACGUUGAUCAUGACGAUUAUUAUUAUCAAAAUCAUGACAGGGAUGGCAUAAAAGAGCAACAAAGAGAUCAACAGUAUGUUGACCCUAAUUACCAGGGAAAUUAUGAUAAUCAGCCACCGGCUCACGAUGACUAUUAUUAUCAAAACUAUUCUAAUGUUGAUCCAAAAGCACAACCAGAAAAUCAAUACAAUGACUCUGAUCACCAAGGAGAAUACGUAGCAGAGCAAAAUAUGGUCCAUGACGAUUAUUACUAUCAAAAUCAUCCAAAGGAAGGUACAAAUGAAAAUCAAGUUGAUCAGCACUAUCAGGAGAAUCAAGAAAAUUAUGUAAAUGGAGAACAAGACAAUUAUUAUUACGACAAUAAUUCUAAUGUUAACACAGAAAGGCAUCAUGAGGACCAAUAUGACGAAAAUGCCCAACAAGAAACAUACACAGGUGAUCAGCACACAAAUGACGGUUACUAUUAUCAGGAAGACAAUGCAAAUUACGACGAGACUGUCCCAAAAGAUCAGUAUGAUGGUUAUGUUGAUAAUAAUCAGGACGCUAAUGCAACUUAUUAUCCAGAUUCGAAUGUCAACAAUUAUGACCAGCCACAACACGAUUAUGAAAACAAUAGUUACCCAACACAAAACGCAGAAUAUAUUGAACCAUAUGAACAAAAUUCUAUCAAUGAAAAUGAUGGUUAUUCCGAAAACAUCGAAGAAAAUCAACCAACCAGUCAAAUUGCCAACGAACAAAAAUAAUUUUACUUUAUACCACAAUGAUUAAUUAGGAAAUAAUAUUUUAAUACUAUAUUAUACUAUUGAAUAUAAAAAUAA